UUUAUUAAGUUAUUCGCCAACAUGUUGAAAUUAUUAUUUGCGUUACUCGGUUUAUUCCUGUUAACGGAAGCCGCUUUGGUUAGUGUGCCUUUGUAUAAAAUCCGUGAAUCGAAACAAAAGGCCAAUGAAUUGGUGAAAUUAAGGGGAAAAUAUAAUGUAAGAGAUACCUGCAGAGUGUACAAAGAGAAACUAUUCAACUAUGUAGAUGAUUCGUAUUAUGGUAAAAUUACCGUUGGUACUCCACCUCAGGAGUUUUUGGUACUUUUUGAUACCGGUUCCUCCAAUAUGUGGAUUCCUGCAGCACCCUGCUCUGCUCAGAACUUGGCCUGUCAAAAUCACAACAGCUAUAAUGGCAACAACUCGUUAACUUAUCAAUAUAUUGGUGAAAGUUUCGCUAUUCAAUAUGGCAGUGGCAGUUUGUCUGGCUAUUUGGUACAAGAUGUUGUAACUGUUGAAGGUUUGACUAUUCAAGAUCAAGUAUUUGCUGCUGCCACUAAUGAACCUGGUGAAACAUUUGUACUCGCCUUUGAUGGUCUCAUCGGUAUGGCUUUCCAAACUAUUGCUGUUGAUGGUGUUGUGCCACCCUUCUACAAUAUGGUUUUACAAGACUUAGUCGACACUGAGGUAUUCUCCUUUUACUUGGCUCGCAAUGGUACUUCCAAUGAAGGUGGUGUCAUGGUUUUGGGUGGCAAUGAUCCCGAUCAUUACACCGGUGAACUCCGUUAUGUUCCAGUUUCCACCGAAGGCUAUUGGCAAUUUGAAAUGAGAUCUGCUCAUGUCCAGGACACUAGUGUUUGCCGCUACUGCCAGGCUAUUGCUGAUACCGGCACUUCUCUAAUUGGUGUUCCUUCCGAUGUUUAUAUUAGUCUACAAACUGCCAUUGGUGCUACUUUCAACGAGACUACCUAUGAAUUCAUGUUGGACUGUUCCACACUUGAUUCCUUGCCUGAUGUUAACUUCCACAUUGGUGAUGGUAUCUAUACUUUGGAACCUAGCGAUUAUGUUCUCCAAGCCGAUGACCAAUGCGCCACCGCUUUUGAAGAUGCUGGUAUGAAUAUUUGGAUUUUGGGUGAUGUUUUCAUUGGUAAAUACUAUACCACAUUCGAUUUGAAACACAAACGUGUUGGUUUUGCUAGAGCUAUUUAAGUUAAUACUUGUCAGUUUUAUUGUUAAGUCGGGUUAAUAUUCGAAUGAAGUUUUUCGUUUAUAUCC